UGCAUCACUUCCCGGCGCUGCCAUACUCCGCUGCCCGCUCCCCGGCGCGGGGCCGGCGCCCAUGGCGAGCCCGCCGGGCGGGGACAGCCCCGGCUCCGCCGCACGGCGCUUCUACUGCAGGAUGGAGGCAUCCUGCCUGGAGCUGGCCCUGGAAGGAGAGCGCUUGUGCAAGGCUGGGGACUUCAAAGCUGGGGCAGCCUUCUUUGAAGCAGCAGUGCAGGUGGGCACAGAGGACCUGAAGACUCUCAGUGCCAUCUACAGCCAGCUGGGCAAUGCCUAUUUCUACCUGAAGGAGUAUUCCAAGGCCCUGCUGUACCACAAACACGACCUUACCCUGGCCAGAACCAUUGGGGACAGAAUUGGAGAAGCCAAGGCAAGUGGCAACCUUGGGAAUACCCUGAAAAUACUGGGGCAGUUUGAUGAAGCUGUGGUUUGCUGCCAGAGACACCUGGACAUUUCUCAGGAGCUGGGAGACAAGGUGGGUGAAGCCAGAGCUCUCUAUAACAUAGGGAAUGUUUACCAUGCAAAGGGGAAGCAUUUAUCCUGGAACACAGCCCAGGACCCGGGCUGCCUGCCUCAGGAAGUCAAGGACACGCUACAGAAAGCUUCAGAAUAUUAUGAGAGGAACCUGUCCCUGGUGAAGGAGCUGGGGGACAGAGCUGCACAGGGCCGUGCUUAUGGCAACCUUGGCAACACCCAGUACUUGCUGGGCAACUUCAGUGAGGCCAUUGCCUUCCACAAGGAGCGCCUGGCCAUCGCCAAGGAGUUUGGGGACAAGGCUGCCGAGCGCAGAGCCUACAGCAACCUGGGCAACGCCCACAUCUUCCUGGGCAGCUUCCACGUCUCUGCAGAGUACUACAAGAAAACCCUCCAGCUCUCCAGACAGCUCAAAGACCAAGCAGUAGAAGCCCAGGCUUGCUACAGCCUGGGGAACACAUGCACGCUGCUUCAGGACUAUGAAAAAGCCAUUGAAUACCACCUGAGGCACCUGGUGAUAGCACAGGAGCUGGGAGACAGGGUGGGAGAAGGAAGAGCCUGCUGGAGUCUGGGAAAUGCCUACGUGUCCCUGGGGAACCAUGAGCAGGCUUUGCACUUUGCAAGGAAGCAUCUGGAAAUCUCCCAAGAGAUUGGGGACAGGAGUGGGGAGCUGGCAGCACAGCUGAACAUGGCCCAGCUCAGGGCAGCCCUUGGCUUGAGCCCUGGAGAUGAGGAGGGGGCUGUAGCUCAUCCCUACUCUGGCUACGAGGCACAAGGAGCCAGGCCAAAGAGACUCCAGAGGAACAGCAUGGACAGCUUAGACCUGCUCAAGUUCCCCUCUGAAAAGGACCAGAAUGGGGACAGCCACCACGUGGGAGAGCUGAAGAUCUCAGGAAAAGAGUUCUUGUCAUUGCCUGGGAGAACAAAGAAGCACAGGGAGCACCAGUGCAGCUCAGAGAGGAGACCCCAGGGAUCAGGUGCAUCCCCUCUGGAUGCUGGGGAAGUCCAAGUCCAGGUGCCACAGUCGAAAAUCAACCGGACCCCUUCGGACGAGGAAUGCUUCUUUGACCUGUUGAGCAAGUUCCAGAGCAGCCGGAUGGAUGACCAGCGCUGCCCGUUGGAGGAGUGCCCGGCCGAGGCUGCCGAGGCGGCGGCCACGCGGGUCCCUGCCCUGGCAGAGCGGAUAUCACAAUCCACGCUGAUGACAUCUCCACAGACAGAGGAGUUCUUCGACCUCAUCGCCAGCUCCCAGAGCCGCCGCCUGGAUGACCAACGUGCCAACCUGGGCACCCUGCCCGGCCUGCGGAUAACCCACAACAACCUGGGCCACCUGCGUGUGGAGGGGGACGCCCAGGAGCCCGGGGACGAGUUCUUCAACAUGCUCAUGAAGUGUCAGUCGGCCAGGAUCGAUGACCAGCGCUGUGCCCCCCCAGACUCCAUCCCCCGUGGCCCCACCAUGCCUGAUGAAGAUUUCUUCAGCCUCAUCCAGCGUGUCCAGGCCAAACGCAUGGACGAGCAGCGUGUGGAUUUGGCCGCAGUGCAGGAGGCGGCCGAGCAGGAGCAGCAGAGGCCUGGUUCCAGCUAAGAACUGGGCUUUGCUCUGGGGGGGUUGUUUCAGCUUUAUUUUGUUUUUUAAAAAGAAAAAACAGAGUAGGUGGUUUCAAGCCCGAGUGUUCCUGUGCUCCCACUCUUGUCCCAGGAGCUGCACCUCCAUCGUGUUCCUACAGGAGAGCCCAGUGGAUGGGGAACAGUUUUUAAAUAAGUGGGUUUUUUUAGGACCCUUGGCCACUCUAAAACUGGGCACAGCACCUGGAAGACUUUAGCAGCCCCUUGCUGAUCACCUAAAACCCCCAGGAACUUGGAGGAACCCACAGGGGGUAGUUAACUCCAACCUCGAUGUCUUUUAUUUCCACAACACUUUUAUUUAAACAGGGAAAGGGAAGAACACCUUUUCCAUUUUGAAGUCCUCCCGUCUUCCUGACACAAAUGGCUCUGGAUCCUUUUCUGGAACAUCUUGUUCAUCUUUGUUCCUUCUACAGAUGAAAAAGAGCCCAAGUCCUUUAAACCUUACUCCACCCCAGCUGCAUCCUGGUCCCAGACACCUGAGUGUAUUUUAGGUUUGCUGAGGACUCUCUGGAGAGCCCUGGACAUUCUCUGCUUCCAGCUGCAGCCCUGCAGGACCUCCUGAGCAGGGACAAAGCCUCACGCACCCUGAGCUUUAGUGGGAUUUGUUACCUCUGGAGCCCACUGCAACCCCAUGGCAGGGGCUGUUCCUGGGCAGGGGGAAGGAGGAAUGAGGUCUCUGCCCAAGUGUUCAAACAGGGCAAACAGGGACAGCUCCUGGUGAUGUGAGGGUGUCCAAAACAGAACCUGUGUGUGACAGGGCCCUGCUUCAACAGCCAGCAAAGCUUUCUGCUCAUAGCUCAGCCCUUCUUCUUUCUAUGUCCAACAGCCCCUCUGCCAAUAGCCAUUCCCUCAUCUUGCUUCUCCCCAAACCUGCACUGAGCUGCUCUCAGUGAGGCAUUCUGGUUCUGUGCACCUGUUUCCAGCCUCAGGAGAGCCCCAGCCUGUGGGGCUGGCUGGGAACUCACAUUUACUGUCAUUCCUUCCCCUUUUGGACCAGCUGGAGGAGGGGAGCAGGGAUCUGUAUCUUUCCUUUGAUUGAGCAGACACUAUGCUGGACUUCAGAAACCCCAGCGCUGAGUUGUGCCAGAGCAGCGCCGUUCCUGCAGAGAAUAAAUCAGCACUUCCCAUUCCAAAUGUGUUCCAUGGAAACAUUCCCAACCAGCAGGGAGGUAUUUUUAGACCAGUCAUGCUGCUCACGGGGCAUUUACCCUGCCUGCACUGGCCAUGUGGAGUGGUAGCUGCAGUUUACCUGGGAGCACUCGCUGCUUGGCCAAGGCUGGGCCUCCCUCCUGGGGCUGGGCACAGCUCUGGAGAGGGGAGAGGAGAGGAGCUGCCCAUCCCCUACUUACCAGCCAAGCUGGCAUUUGUAAAAGAGAAAAACAGUGAUGAUGAUGACCUGACCAGCUGCAGGCUCAGGCUGUGCAGCUGUUAGCCAGGUGGUGAACUGGAACCUGACCAUUAAGCUUUCAGAGGUAUUACUGAGGUAUUAUUUGCCAUAUACUUGAAUGUAUGAGCUUAUUUAUUUUUUACAUGUGCAUUUGCUAAUGUCAUUUUAAUGGGGACUUUCCAACCCACAGGUACUUGUUUUUUUUCUAAAAAAUAAUCUGCCAAAUGGAUUAAUAUAUUAGAAAUGAAUACAGCUCAAGGGGAAGGGGUGGGGGGGGAUUGUGCUUAAUAAAUAUUUGUGUCUAAGCUUCAGUGCAAAUACUCAUUUCCAUUAUUUCCUAGCUGACAGAAGGGCUAAUCCUUUGGAACUGGGAUGGGGGUGAAUGGGGGUAACAGACACCACCACCUGUGCUAAGAGAAGUGCUGUGCCCCCCCACCACCACUAUGCCAGCUCUGCCUGCCUGCCAGCAUGCAUGUGGCUGUGGAGGGAAGACACAAAGCCCUGAGAAUUCCCUGCCCAGAAGUUUCCAGGACGACAGGGCAGACAGAGCAGCCCUGCAUGGCUGAGAAAAGGCCACUGGAAAAGGCUGAGGAGAGGCUGAGCUGUUCCUUUCAGGCUCUGCCUGGUCUCGGUGGCGCCUGGCCCAAGCUGGGCUGUUCCCCAGAGCCAGGGGACAAGGGCAGGGAGUGCUGGGCACAGCCCUGGCACCAGCCCCUAGAACAGACACAAAGCAGCAGCACCAGCUCAUUCCAGCACAGCAGGCAUGAGCAGGGUGUUGAGCUGGGCUGGAAGGUGGCCUGGGAGCAGCAGUUUGGAUCCUGAGCCCUUUGAGGAUAAAGCCAAGUCACAGCUGAGCUUCCCAUGCCUGGCUCAUUUGUGCUGGUCACUGCCAGCCCUGAUCUAAGAUUAAUAAAGAGCCACCAGCUUGUUCUCAUCAGGUGUUCCACACCUCUGGGUACCUGGGCACAGCAGCUCUGUGUGUGACCUGGGGACAGAACCAUGUGCAGAGUCUCAGAUUCCCAGGAGCAGGUGACCCCUGGGGGUGAGUGAUGGUGUCUCAGCUCCUGUCUCUCCAUCCUGAGCAGCACAGGCUCGUUCUGAGCCCCUGGGAGCAGGGGGCUCUGGCUACCACUGAGUGUCCCGAGCAGCCUGCAGUGGUGGCUGCUGUGCUGCAUCCUCCUCUCUCCCGGGUUGGAAGAGCUCUCUGAUGCUGACAUCCUCUGGAGAGCUGUGGCAUUGCCGGUCUGGGAACUGCUGCAGCUGUGGAGUGGGAGUUACUGGGAGCUGGGCUGUCCCCAGUGCAGGGCAGGCCCUCUUCACAAAGAACCCUAAAAAUCCAGCACAAACACAAGAUACUGCCCUCUCCUACCCAGCUGUACA